UUUUAACUUUUAACUAAUCUAAUCUCAUUUAAUGUCUCUGUUUAUAGUCUGUAUAGUUUAUCCCCCCACUAACACACUUAAAGUAGUCUUAAAAUAAAACCCACAAAACAGUUCAAGAUGAUAUACUUUUUAUUUGCUCAUUUAAUGCCAUUUGCCCUCUUUCUCUGUUUGUCACUCAUUUGCUUAUACUCACUCAAAGUACCAAUUUGUACUGAUGAGUCUAGUGUAUUUUUUUCCCUCUUUCUCUCUGUCUCACACACACAGACCAACACACAGACAUGUAUAUGCUCAUUAUUGCUCUUCAAACUGAUGGUCAAAUUUCCAAGCACCACCUGAACGCCUCAUUUGUUUUUAACCCAUCACGGGACCAACUGUCGUCAUUCCGCUUUGCUCUCUGCUGUGGAACCUGACUGACAUCUGUGCUUUGACUGUGUGCAGAAGAAGAACAAGGACGAGAUCUCCAGUCUUCUGUCUCACAUCCCAACCCCCCAUCCCCUCUAUCCUCUGUCCUGCUCCACCUGUUGUCUCUGCCUUCUUUCCAUCUGUAUUUCACCCUGUGGUUUGUGAGAAAUUUUGCCAAACCAAGAAUCUUAUUGCGGUUUGAUUUCAAAGCCGUGUCUCUCCUGCUCUGUCUGUUCUCUCUGCUAAAUUUUCUCUCUACCUGUUUUUCACUCUUUGGUUUGCUGCUGAAAAAUGCACAAGCCAAUAAAGCAAUAAAGAGUGCAUAUUUUGCCUCAACCUAUGAACAAACUGAACAAACAAAGAAAAUCUAAUUCACGGUUAAUUGGGAUUUCCCAGCCGUGUCUUUCCUGCUCUGUCUGUUCUCUCUUCUAAAUUUUCUCUCUACCUGUUUUUCACUCUUGGCUUGCUGCUGAAAAAUGCCAAGCCAUUAAAGCAAUAAAGAGUGCAUAUUGCCUCUACCUGAGAACAAACAAAGAAAACUCUGCGGUUUGAUUUCCAAGCCGUGUCUCUCCUGCUCUGCCUGUUCUCUCUGCUAAAUUUUCUCUCUACCUGUUUUUCACUCUUGGCUUGCUGCUGAAAAAUGCCAAGCCAUUAAAGCAAUAAAGAGUGCAUAUAUUGCCUCUACCCUGAGAACAAACUGAACAGAGAAAACUCUAAUUCACGGUUUUAUUUUGAUUUACAAGCCGUGUCUCUCCUGCUCUGCCUGUUCUCUCUUCUAGAUUUUCUCUCUACCUGUUUUUCAUUCUGGGCUUGUUGCUAAAUUGUGCCAAGCCAAUAAAGAGAGUGCAUAAUAUUCUCUCGACUGAAGAACAAACUGUCAAACAAACAAAGACAUUGUUUUUGAGAAAUAAAAACUGAACUAUAAAGAGAAAGAAAACAUCUCCUGGUGUGUGCCACUCUUAUUUUUUGAAUAUAUUUUCUAAAGACUAACAGAAACACUUAAAGGUGUGUAAAAAUGCCAAAAAAGCAGAAAAAGUCACAAGCUGCAAAACAACGCUGGAAGAAGUUCCAUGAGUUUCACAAAGUACCAACAUGUGAACAAGCUGAGUAUGAUUUUCCUCAGAGCUCUGCAGAAGACUGUGUGUCUGCAAAGACCAAUGCUGAUGGUGUCAAACGGGCAGGUCAACAUGUUCCUGCACAUGUACAACAGGUAUCCUAUGCGGAUGCUGUAAAGAGUGGACUGCAGCAUGAAUUUAAUGAACAUCAGGUAUAUCAUAGAGACCAACAUAAGGUGUCAAGUACCCCACAGGUGGGUUAUGCUGAUGUUGUGAAAAGUUGCCGUCACACUGAUGUGGCAGGACCAUCUCAUGCAGAAACAGUGAACCUUGAAAACCAGCCCUCUGUAACACAUGUCUGUGCAUCUCACAGCCAGGCACAUCGUAAAUAUGGAGACUCCAGAAACAAGCAGUGCACAUGUAACUCACUCACAUUUCUUGCAUUCCUUCAUGAGAAUGAAAACAUGACUACAGCUGACCUUAAUCUGGUCUUGGAUAAAGGUGAUGUGAUGUACAAAGAGGCCAAGAAAAGAUUUCCUAAAAAUAUUCAUUUGGCAACCGAUGAGCUGCCAGACAAAGUUUAUGCUCGCAGGUCUAUGUAUCAUGUCGACAUGACACAGCCUUCCCGGUAUGGGACAUUUGAAGAACCUCCAGAAGAAGCAGUAGAUACCUUUCUCAGCUUUGAAGCAGGACUGAGCUGCCUGUUGUCAGAUGUGCAGUAUGCCUUACUGAUUAUGAGUGGAUUGUGUAUCGCAGUGUUCAGAUCCACAUCAGGCAAAUAUGGUUUCUUUGAUCCACACUCCAGAACAGCCUGUGGUCUUCCUCUACCACUACAGUCACGUAAUCGUGGUACAGCUCUGAUGCUCAAAUUCACACUCCUCAGUGACAUGAUUAAGAGGCUCCAAGAUUCUUAUGAAAUGAUGGAGAUAUCACCUUUUUGUAACUAUGAGCUGAAGCCUGUGCAAUUCUACAGUAUGAGCACAGUCAACCUGAGUGAUACUAUCACAGACACAGUCUGCAGACCAACAGCUGCCACUGCUGUGGCACCUACUCACUCUGAUACAACUGUUGAUGAAGCAAACUCCUCUACUCCAAGGAGAAAUACAAUCACUGAUCUGACUGAGAACAUCUUUUGUCAAAUGUCCAUUUGUACGCCACUGGUGAAACAAAAAGAAGUCCACAUGACUCAGUUCACAUCAUAUGAAGAUCAGAAUGAACCUCCUAAUAUACCAACUGAAGAACUAUGCAGUGAAUUAAGUUUCCUUCCAUCAAGGGAUGCUUUUUCAUGUCAAUCAAAUGCUGCAAUAACAAAUGUUGCUGCCUGUGAUCUUUCUGAUAUAGUUUUACAAAAACUGAAAAAAGUUAAUAAACAACAAAGGCACAAAAUGAAAAGAAGAUUAAUGGCAUCAGAGAAACCCAGAAAUCAGAGAAAAGAAAACCAAAAAAGGAAAGAACGACAAAAGUAUGCUUCAAAUAAAGAUUACAAAGAAAAGAAAAAAUCUUGCACAAGCGAGGCAUAUAAAAACAAUCCUGAAGUUAGACAGAAAAAACAACAGUAUGUUAAAAGACGUUACCAUGCGAAUGCUGAAUUCAGAAAGAAACAACAACAGUAUGUUAAAAGACGUUACUGUGAGAAUGAAGAAUUCAGAAAGAAACAACAACAAUAUGUUAAAAGACGCUACUGUGAGAAUGCUAAAGUUAGACAAAAACAAAAACAAUAUAUUAAAAGACGUUACUGUGAGAAUACUGAUUUCAGAGAGGAGAAAAAAAGCUACAUCACUAAAAGGUAUCGAGAAAACCCAGAAUUCAGAGAGAGACAGAGACAACUGAUGAAACAACUAAUGCGAGACAGGUAUCAAAGUAAUCUUGCAUUCAGGAUUAUGCACAACAUGAGAUGUGCCAUGAAAAUAAGAAGGGAAUACAGAUGGGUGAACAGACAAACCCAAGAGAGUGACAACAGUGUGAUCAACGAGGCCAUAUCGGUGUUCAAAUCACAAAUCAAAGUUGGACCAUCAUACCCAUGUACUGUCUGUUUCAAGGCUUCAUUUCCAAACCAAUAUAAGGAUGUGAGCAUCAGAGAUGAUGCUGAGCUGUGUGACCCAACACUUCCUGAUGAAGAUGAUGAGGAGGAGGAUGAUGAAAACAUGAAUGAGGACGAUUAUGAUGAGGCUGAUUUAAUGGAAAUUGACAGCUUUCUGGACAACACAACACCUGAGUCUUCCAAUGUUUGGAUGACAUCUUUGAAUGACAAAUACAAAGCCAGACCUGAAACACCAGAGUAUGAGGAGAUGUGCAUGGCAGACUUUGCUGCUACUUGCAGGAUUGUCUAUGGCCAACAGACAAAAGACCACGAACUGAAAACACCAUCUUUGCCAACCUAUCAGGCUUUCUAUGGUGCUGGCUGUGUACAGCUACCAGGUACUGACCGUCUUGAGUACGUGCAACACAUUGUCAAAAGAAACAGAGAGAAAUAUGAGAAAAACAGUGAGGAGAUCGAGAGCGCUGUUGAGGAAUAUGAACAGAACAGAGAUGCAAGACUCAAACAGAUCAAAGGGACUCGGAGACCCUUUGGAGGCAUGUCAGUCAUUGCUGUUGGAGACUUCUAUCAGCUACCCCCAGUGCGACAGUCUAAACCGCUCUGUGUGCACGACCCGUCCGAGAUCGACCUGUGGCGGGAGCAUUUUCAGAUGAUCACUCUGACUGAGAUUAUGCGUCAGAAAGAUGAUGUUGUCUUUGCUGAGAUGCUGAACAGAAUCCGUGUGAAAGGAAAGUUGGAUGAGCUUUGCGAAGCAGAUAGAGAUUUGUUGUCACAGGCCAUAACUGAACCAGCCCUUUGUCCGACUGAUGCGUUGCACAUUUUUGCAACUAAUAAAGAAGUGGAUGCACACAACUCUGCAACACUGGCUCUGCUCCAUACUCAUAUCAUUGACAUCCAUGCAGAUGAUUAUAGAAAGGAUCCUAGAACUGGCAGAAUGGCACUUCAAGACAGACCAUUCAAAGGAGGUAAAAACGAGUUACCAGACACACUGAAAGUUGCAGAAGGAGCUCGUGUCAUGCUCACCAGAAACAUUGACAUACAAAAUGGUUUGGUUAAUGGAGCUUUUGGAAAACUACUUAGAGUAGUUUACUCUGAAAAUGACCAACACAUCAUCAAGCUUGGACUUAAAAUGGAUAAUGAGACAUCUGGAAAGAAUAACUGCACACCAGCAGACGACAUGGUGUACAUUGAGAGAGCAGAGGAGAAUCUAAAGCAGAAAGGAGUGAGCAUUUUUGAGCCCGGCAUGGCCUACGUAGCUGUCAGUAGAGUGACGUCUCUCAGUGGACUGUAUCUUCUUGAUAUGGAGGAGAAAAAAAUAUUCACCAACCCAGAAAUCACUGCAGCGCUUGAGAACAUGAGACAAGCCAACCUUGAUGACAUGAUGCCUCUUCUACACAUGUUUUGUGCCUAA